CCCGCGCGGGGCGGGCUCGGCUCGGCUCGGCUCGGGGGCGGCCCCAGGAGCGCAGUUUGGUGCCCGGCUCCGCCCCUCCCCCGCCGCCAUGUUCGCGGUGCCGCUGCGCAGGGCCCGCAGGCCGUUCUUCCUAGCGGGCAGCAUGGCCAUGGCCACGGCCGGGAGGAGCAGCCCGGCCCGCCCCGCCAACCGGCUCAUCUACGAGAAGUCCCCGUACCUGCAGCAGCACGCCCACAACCCUGUGGACUGGUACCCGUGGGGUCAGGAAGCCUUUGAUAAAGCAAAGCAGGAGAACAAGCUGAUCUUCCUGUCAGUCGGGUACUCCACCUGCCACUGGUGCCAUGUGAUGGAGGAGGAGUCCUUCAAGAACGAGGAGAUCGGUGAGAUCAUGAGCAAGAACUUCGUGUGCAUCAAGGUGGACCGUGAGGAGCGGCCGGACGUGGACAAAGUGUACAUGACCUUCGUGCAGGCCACCAGUGGCGGCGGGGGGUGGCCGAUGAGCGUCUGGCUGACUCCGGACCUCAAGCCCUUUGUUGGGGGCACGUAUUUCCCCCCUGAGGACAGCGCUCAUCAUGUGGGCUUCCGGACUGUGCUGCUCCGCAUCGCAGAGCAGUGGAGGCAGAACCAGGAGGCCCUGCUGCAGAGCAGCCAGAGGAUCCUGGAAGCGCUGCACUCCCUGUCCCGGGUCGGCACACAGCAGGCAGCCCCCCCGGCCCUGGAGGUGCUGACCACCUGCUUCCAGCAGCUCUCCGGCUCCUACGACGAGGAGUAUGGCGGCUUCUCACAGAGCCCCAAGUUCCCCACACCAGUGAAUUUGAAUUUCCUCUUCACCUACUGGGCUCUGCACAGAACAACCCCAGAAGGGGCCCGUGCCCUGCAGAUGUCUCUGCACACUCUCAAGAUGAUGGCACAUGGGGGCAUUCACGAUCACAUUGGUCAGGGCUUCCAUCGCUACUCCACUGACCAACACUGGCACGUCCCACACUUUGAGAAGAUGCUGUAUGACCAGGGGCAGCUGGCAGUUGUGUACAGCAGAGCCUUCCAGAUCUCUGGCGAUGAGUUCUUUGCCGACGUUGCCGCUGACAUCCUGCUGUACGCCUCGCGGGACCUGGGCAGCCAGACCGGAGGCUUUUACAGUGCAGAGGAUGCAGAUUCCUACCCGACGGCCACUUCCAGCAAGAAGCAGGAAGGAGCUUUUUGUGUGUGGGCAGCCGAGGAGGUCCGGGCUCUGCUCCCUGACCCGGUGGAGGGGGCUGCAGAGGGCACAACCCUGGGAGAUGUCUUCAUGCACCACUACGGGGUGAAGGAGGACGGCAACGUGAGCCCCAGGAAGGAUCCCCAUAAGGAGCUGCAGGGCAAGAAUGUCCUCAUUGUCCGUUCCUCCCCGGAGCUGACAGCCGCGCGCUUUGGGCUGCAGCCGGGGCAGCUGAGUGCUGUGCUGCAGGAGGGCAGGCACAGGCUGCAGGCAGCCCGGGCACAGCGCCCACGGCCCCACCUGGACACCAAGAUGCUGGCCUCGUGGAACGGACUGAUGAUCUCAGGCUUUGCCCAGGCUGGAGCAGUGCUGGCCAAGCAGGAGUACGUGAGCCGGGCAGCGCAGGCAGCUGGCUUUGUGCGCAGGCACCUCGUGGAGCCAGGCAGCGGCAGGCUGCUGCGGAGCUGCUACCGUGGCGAGGCUGAUGUGGUGGAGCAGAGACAGCAGUGCGGAGAGUUUCCCCCAGCCUGCCCUGCUGGGCUGCAGACACUGGUGUCUGUCCCCGCCUGCUGUUGCAGUGCUGCUCCCAUUCAUGGAUUCCUGGAGGAUUACGUCUUCAUCAUCCAGGGUCUCUUUGACCUCUAUGAAGCUUCGCUGGACCAGAGCUGGCUGGAGUGGGCCCUGCAGCUCCAGCACACACAAGACAAGCUCUUCUGGGACCCCAAAGGCUUUGCGUACUUCUCCAGUGAGGCUGGUGACCCCUCACUGCUGCUGCGCCUGAAGGAUGACCAGGAUGGAGCAGAGCCCGCUGCCAACUCCGUCACUGUCACAAACCUGCUCCGAGCAGCCUCGUACUCUGGCCACAUGGAGUGGGUGGAAAAAGCUGGGCAGAUCCUGGCUGCCUUCUCUGAGAGGCUGCAGAAGAUCCCACUGGCCCUGCCAGAAAUGGCCCGGGCCACUGCCAUGUUCCAUCACACCCUCAAACAGGUGGUGAUCUGUGGGGACCCCCAAGGAGAAGACACCAAAGAGAUGCUUCGCUGCGUGCACUCCACCUUCAUCCCCAACAAGGUGCUGAUGCUCGCAGAUGGAGACCGUGCCGGAUUCCUCUACCGCCAGCUGCCAUUCCUUUCUUCCCUGGAGAGGAAGGAGGGCAAAGCCACUGCUUAUGUCUGCAGCAACUUCACCUGCUCCCUGCCUGUCACCUCACCUCGUGCACUGCAGGAGCUGCUCCGCGCCUGAGCCCCGGUGUCCCACCAGGAGGGAUGGGGGGCUGGUGCUGACCUCGGAGCUCAGCAUGAGUCCUGGCACCCCGAACCCCCGUGGUGCCAUAGGGAGCUGCAUGGCCCUGCUGGUGCCCCCCCUACACCUGUGCUCAUCAAUUGACUCUUCUUGCAGAGGGAAGAGAAAGCAAACACAAAUCCCAGUGUUAACACAGCAGUCGGAUGCAAGAACUAUUUAAGGUUCCUAUAGCAACCCAGGAUAACUGCUGAACGCUCCUGGGUGAGAUCAGGGUGAAAUGCCUCUGGAAGUGUUCCUGUGGAUGGCCGUGGUACUUUUCCAUGGCAGGGCAGUCUGUAAUGUCCAUCAGUUACAUUGGGGCAUGCAGAGCCUGCUGCUCCCACUGCUGCACGAGACCAAACCCGAGCACUUCCAACACGACUCUGCGCUUUGUGAAGGAUGGAGGCACGGCACGG